GGAAGUAUGAGUGUUACUGGGGGGCUAAAGCAGCCCACUUUGCAUUAAAACCACCAUCAACAGCAGUGAGAUCUUCUUAAGAAGCCUUCCAACUAGAGCAUCAUGAACAUCUCCGUGUUUUUGCUCGUCACCCUACUACCAUAUAUGACCAUGCAAGCAUCUGUGCAGGUGGGUAUAGUGAACGGCACAGAAGCCAAACCUCAUUCAAGACCCUACAUGGUUUCAAUUCAAAUAAAUAAGAUACACAGAUGCGGUGGCUUUCUUGUGUCUGAACAGUUCGUCAUGACUGCUGCGCACUGCUUUCAAAAAGAAGCGAAGCUUACAGUUGUGGUUGGAGCUCAUGAUUACACUCAAGGCUCUGGCCUCAUGGAUGUGAAGUUCUACCACAUCCACCCUGGGUAUACACCCGAAACUCUGCUGAAUGACAUCAUGCUGCUUCAGCUAUACGGAAAAGUCAAAAAGAACAAGAAGGUCAACUGGAUCUCCAUACCAAAGAAAGAUAAGGACAUCAAGGCCAAGAUCAAGUGCAGCGUUGCAGGAUGGGGGAAGACACACAACAGCGGUGAAGCAAGUACUAAGCUCAUGGAGGUGGACGUCACUAUCACUGACAAAAAAGUAUGUCAGAAGCAGUGGGGGAAAAAUUACUCCACCUCACGUAUGGUGUGUGCAGGCGGUCCCGGAGGAUUUUGCCAGGGGGAUUCUGGAGGACCUCUGGUGUGCGAUAACGUCGCAGUCGGUGUCGUUUCAUUCAAUGAGAAAAACAACUGCGACUCGCCUAUACGACCAAACGUCUACACCAAGAUUUCCAAAUUUCUAAAAUGGAUAAAUGCUACUCUUGACGGUGUGAAGCUGUGGUGGUCGCACCAGAAUCUUAUCAAGAUGAGUGCAGCCUACAGCCUGUUGCUCUCAGUAGCUUUGAUGAGCUUGUUAUCGACAGGCACAUUCGGAGCUGAUAUCAUCAAUGGCAAGAAAGCCAAGAAGAACUCCAUGCAGUACAUGGCAUCAGUGCAGAUCGAAGGAGAACACAUAUGUGGAGGUUUCCUGAUCCACCCGAGCUACGUGCUCACGGCCGCACACUGCGAUCAAAGCGGCAACAUGACCGUGAUCUUGGGAACCCACAACAUCGCUCCAAAAGUAGCCGAUCCGAAAAGACAUGCAGUGCAAAAAAAACAUAAGCACCCAUCCUUCAAAAACAUCCAAUCCGGGAACGACAUCAUGCUUCUGAAGCUCUCGAAGAAACUGAAAAACGGCAAAGGUGUGAAAACCAUAGAAAUCCAGAAGAAGGACAAAGGAAUUAAUCCAAAGACCCAAUGCAAGGUCGCAGGAUGGGGUAAAACUGGACAGAAAAAUAUGGUAAACGAUCUUCUGGUAACGAACGUGUUGGUUUUCAACUCCACCGUCUGCCGGACAAUGUGGAACAAAGUGCAAAAUAAAUUUCCCAUCAAUGUCCUGUGCGCUGGGGGUUAUAACACCAAAAGUGGUGCUUGCCAGGGGGAUUCGGGUGGGCCGCUGGUGUGCAGUGGGAAAGCUGUGGGGAUCGUUUCCUUCAACCGGUUAAACAACUGUGACUACCCAGACGUUCCCAACGUUUACACCGACAUUUAUAAAUACAAAACGUGGAUUGAAGAAGUGAUAAAAAGAAGCGCCUGACGCUAUGCAGCCGAAGUCAGCUGCGCCAUUGCAUGUGCUAGCUGUCAAAAGUUGUCAAUAAAAGAACAACAAAAACUCAA